AUGUAUGUUUGGCCCAUCCACGAAGAUGCUGACGGAGAUGUCUUAUUAUAUUUUACCAUCAUUCCAUCGCCGGCUAUUAGCCAAGCAAAUUAUGUCUCCCAUAGCAGCAACAACUUCACAGAAAGGGUUGUCCUUCCAGAUGGACAAGUUUCCCUACAGAUGACACUAAUAGGGUGUGAAUUCCUGUCAUCAUGGACGAAGUGCCUUACAACAGCAUUUGCUAAGGGCUGUAGUUGGAAUGGUGCCUUUACACUAGAUGGUUUCAAAUUUAUUGAAGACCACGUUUUACAUGUUAAAAAGCCAAAGAAAGCAGGAAAUGGUUCAAUGGGAAAAGAUGUGGAUGAAUUUCUUAGUCUCCUAGAAACAAUCCUUUGCAGUGCCAAUACAAGUCGUCCAUCGUAUCUGGAUUCGUAUAUAAGAUAUUGGCGUAGCCUUUGGGACACUCUUGACGUGACAAAUCUCUUACCAAAUGAGGAUAAAUUAUUUCUUGGUACACAUGUUUGCUUUAUGACUAGCUACGCUAGAGAGAAGUUAAUAUUCAAACUAUAUCGGAAGUAUAAAGGUGCAAGCAGAGACGCGACUUCUAUUUGGAAUAGAGCAAUAAAUGGUGUUGUUUGUCCAUCAACUUGGCACUCAGACCUGUCCUCCGUACCAAUGUUGAUGGAUGUUUUUGAGGGUGCAAGCAAAUUAAACUGCCCAUAUCCACCAUCAAAGAUUGGUGCCUUUAGAUUUAUGAAAGAUAUACACUACAAGAAACUGAUAAAUACUAUACAGGGGAACAAUGAGUCGAGGGUCACAUCACUGGUGUGGGGGCAGAGAGGAGGUGAAGUGACCGGCCGACUGCUCUCGUCCAGCGUUGAUGGGUCGGUUUGUGAAUGUGAUCUAUUCUACCUGCAGCAAAAGAUUGUUCUAGAUACUGUUGGAAUUCCAAUCUGGCAAAUGGCAAUGGAGCCUUCAGUUGAUGCUAAAAAUACUGAAAAUAAUAGCUCAGAGUUUGCUGUCAAUGGCCAUCCAGACCAAAAUGACUACAACAAUUCUGACUUAAGUAACAUUGAUGAUGGUGACAACUCUGAGGAUGAAGAUGGUUCUACCAACACAAUAUCUUCAUAUCAUGUGAAUGAUUUCCAGCGACUGGCUCUUGCGUGUGAUGAUGGUUCUGUACGAUUGUAUAAUGUGCCUGAAUUAGGUGCAUUGACUUACUAUAGGUCUCUUCCAAGAGUGAGCGGAGAUGGUGCCACAUUGGAAUCAGUUCUAGACCUUGUGAAGGCAAUGUACCUAAACGUUGAAAGCUUCCCUUGUGUGAGGCUGUUGAAUCUUUCUGGUGAAAUUGGCUGUUCUAAUCCUGGAAGUGAGAAGGUCAUUGCACCAAUUGUAAGACUUAGAAAAGGCAGUGAUCAAUUGGUUCAACCAUCUACUAUUCUCCUUUCCUUAGAUCAGAUGUCAGAUUUCUUUCUGAGGGUAUCCAAUGAUCCAGAACUUCACCAGAAGGUGGCUGGUGUAUUUGUUGAGUCAAAUGGUGUCAACAAUGACUUACAAGAGCUGUCUCCUGAUAGAAAAUUUCCAAAAGAUGAUUUUGCACUCUACUCAAAUCACAGCCAUGAUUGGAAUCCUGUUUUACUCUAUUAUCAUGUAGGGAUCAGGUAUCAUGUGGAACAAAUAUAA